AGGAAGCAUGAUGCCAGCAGGGACAGCAGCUGGAGCCUGCGUGCUGGUCCUUGUUCUGUGGGGAGUCGUAGUUGCUGGUCAGAACAUCACAGCCCGGAUUGGAGAGCCACUUGUCCUGAGCUGUAAGGGGGCCCCUAAGAAACCGCCCCAGCAGCUGGAAUGGAAACUGAACACAGGCCGGACCGAAGCUUGGAAGGUCCUGUCUCCCCAGGGAGGACCCUGGGACAGCGUGGCUCGAAUCCUCCCCAACGGUUCCCUCCUUCUUCCAGCUAUUGGAAUCAUGGAUGAGGGGACUUUCCGGUGCCGGGCAUUAAACAGGCACGGAAAGGAGGUCAAGUCCAACUACCGUGUCCGAGUCUACCAGAUUCCUGGGAAGCCAGAAAUUGUGGAUCCUGCCUCUGAACUCACAGCUGGUGUCCCUAAUAAGGUAGGGACCUGUGUGUCAGAGGGAAGCUACCCUGCAGGGACCCUUAGCUGGCACUUGGAUGGGAAACUUCUGACUCCUGAUGGCAAAGGAACAAUCGUGAAGAAAGAGACCACGAGACACCCCGAGACAGGGCUCUUCAUGCUGCAGUCAGAGCUGACAGUGACCCCAGCCCCAGGAGGAACCACCCAUCCUACCUUCUCUUGCAGUUUCAGCCUGGGCCUUCCCCGACGCAGGCCCUUGAACGCAACCCCCAUCAAGACCCAUGUCAGGGAGCUUGUGCCUCCAGAGGGGAUCCAGCUGUUGGUUGAACCAGAAGGUGGAACAGUCACUCCCGGUGGAACUGUGACCCUGACCUGUGUCAGCUCAGCUCAGCCCCCUCCUCAGAUCCACUGGAAAAAGGAUGGUACACCCCUGCCCCUUGCUUCCAACCCUGUGCUGCUCCUCUCUGAGGUGGGGCAUGAGGAUGAGGGGAUCUACAGUUGUGUGGCCACCCAUCCCAGCCACGAGCCUCAGGAGAGCCCCCCUGUCAGCAUCAGUAUCACAGAAACAGGCCAGGAGGGGCCGGCUGCAGGCUCUGUGGGUGGGGCUGGGCUGGGGACCCUAGCCCUGGCCCUGGGGAUCCUGGGAGGCCUGGGAAUGGCCACCUUGCUCGUUGGGGUCAUCCUGUGGCGAAAACGGCUACCCAGAGAGGAGAGGAAGGCCCCAGAAAAUGAGGAGGACGAGGAGGAACGCGCGGAGCUGAAUCAGUCAGAGGACGCCGAAACAGCAGAGAACAUGGCAGGGGGACCUUAGGAGAGCCCAGGCAGACUCUGUCCACCAGCUCCUUCGCCGCCCUCGUCCUCCCUCUCCCACGUACGAGCCCCAUUCCACCUCAUACACUUUCUUCUACAACCAGAGCCCACCUGACCCAUGCUGAGUAAA